AUGUCGUCCACAUCCAUGGCGAAGAAGAACAAGGGGAAGAAAGUUGCCGAUCCCAACGAAACGUCCAAACUUCUAGCGGCCAAGAUCUCCCAGCUCGAGCAAGAUGCAGCCGGGGAGAAGGAUCAGGAACAAGAGAUUGAGCGCGAGGUGAAGAAGGCGACUCGAGAUCUGAACCAACUCCUGAACAACAUCGAAUCCCCAAUGACCCGUUUGGAGACCGUCCACAAGAAGUAUACCGAGCUGUUGGCCGAUAUGAAAAAGCUGGAUCGAGAUCAUGCCAAGAGCAAGAAGCGAGCCGAUCAACUGCAGAAAGAUCAGGAAAAGAGCAAAUCGGAGCUGAAUAAAACUGUGACCAUGAAGGACAAGCUAGAGAAACUCUGUCGCGAGCUGACGAAGGAAAACAAGAAAGUCAAGGAUGAAAACAAGAAGCUCGAUGAUACGGAAAAGAAGGCUCGCCUGAUAGUCAACGAACGACUUGAUUCCCUCCUGUACGAUAUUCAAGAUGUUAUGGCUGCCAAAGGAAAUCCUCGCAACGAGAAGGUGGACGUGGAUUUGGACGAAGCGCUUCGGGUCAAGCUCAAGACCAUCAGUGAGCAAUUCGAUACUCGCGAACUUCAUUACAGAGCCCUUCUCCGCAGCAAGGACUCCGAGAUACAAAGCCUCACCUCUAAGUAUGAGGAGCAGCGGCGGACUGCCGAUCACGAGACCGCCCGAGGUCGGGCGCUGAGUACUCAGGUUUCCACAUUCUCCCAUACUGAAGCAGAGCUCCGUAGCCAACUCAACAUCUACGUCGAGAAGUUCAAGCAGGUACCGGAGCCCUGGCCGUCCCUUUCCUCCCGACCCGCGAUUGACACUCCACAGGUUGAGGAUACCCUAAACAACAGCAAUGAGCUCUUCCUGACAUUCCGGAAAGAGAUGGAGGAAAUGUCUAAGAAGACGAAACGCUUAGAGAAGGAAAACCACACCCUCAACCGCAAGCACGAGCAAACCAACCGCAAUAUUCUGGAAAUGGCAGAAGAGCGUACUCGGAACCAAGAGGAGCUUGAGCGAUGGCGACGCAAAUGCCAACACCUCGAGGCUCUGUGUCGACGUAUGCAGGCCCAGGGUCGCGGUGAGGGCUUGGCCGAAGGCGACCAUCUGGACCAUGAUGAUGAGGGUACCGAAAGCGAGUAUGACGACGAUUACGAAGACGAAGAAGAGCUGAGCGAAGAGGGAGAUCUUGACGACCAUGACCACGAUCGUGACAUUCCCCGGCCCGGCGGUCCUCCUGAGCGACCUGUCUUUGGACCACCUCCGCCACCCAGUCUCUUGGAGGCGCGGGCUACUAAGAACGUUGUGCUCAAUGGGUGCCACUGA